UCCCCUUCCAUCUGAGCAAUAAACACCACGCCACCAUCCUCCCCGUCCGACAACCAUGAGGCUCGCAUUCUUUGUGCUUCUGGUCAUGAUGACCCAGUCGGCGAAUAGCCGGUUUAUCCGAGGAAGUUUCGAUCCGAUUUCCGACGGCAUGGAUCGCACCAAUGGGACAUCCUUGGCCCUUGGUCUCACCACGACAACCGUGACAUGCGAGCCGACUUACGGGUUCUUGCCGUGCACGACGGAGCUGUGGGGCGAGUUGUUCCUCAUAGUGGUGUACGAGUACUUGCUAGCUCUCGCCGGCCACUAUCUAUCUUCGGGGUCAGAGCUCUUCUUUCGCAUGUUCGGGACUGGUAUCUUCGGGGCCUCUUUGUUCCAAAUGCUUGGAACCUUCCCUCAAGUCAUCAUAAUGCUUGCAAGUGCAAUAACAUCAAGCUCGGAUACAAUUGAGUCCAUGGCGGCAAUGGGGAUGGCAAUGCUGGCUGGGUCAGCGAUCUUCAGUCUCUCGCUGGUUUGGGGCUCCAUCAUCGCUUUUGGCAGCCGUGAUUCUUCCAGCUCUUCAUCAUCUUCAACAUCAGCCAAUCAAUUCACCAAAAAGUUGAUUAGCCUAACAGGUUCCGGUGUCGAAACUGACACGGAGACUAGGUACAUAGCCAGAAUCAUGUUCGUUUCUAUGAUUCCAUUUCUCAUUCUUUCAUUGGCAAAAAUCAUUAAUUCUACUACCGGGAUACGGAUAGUGGUUUUGAUCAGUCUCAUAAUCACGCUCAUCUUCCUCAUCACUUACUGCACUUAUCAGGUAUUUAAGCCAUGGAUUCAAAGCAAGAGGCUUCAAUAUAUAAGGCGAUUAUAUGAUGGAGACAGCACACUGGAGAGUCUUCUUUCCAUCAACGGCAAGCCGAAUGAACUUCAAAUCAAAGACCUCUUUCAAAAGAUCGACCAGGAUAAGGACUCGAAGGUAUCGAAAACCGAACUGUAUGCAUUCAUGCUGGGAAUACAGAUCGAAGAAGCUGGUUUGAGCACCGACGAUUUCACUGAUGCCGUGAUGAAGAAGUUUGAUGUUUCCCUCGAUGCAGCGAUAAGUGAAUCCGAGUUUGUGCAAGGGAUUUCCAAAUGGUUGGACGAGGACACAGAUCCUACGACUAAUGGUCUUGCAGUUCAGUCAUCAUCAUCGGAGUCUUCGAAAACGACGAGUAACAAAUCGCAGGGGACACCAGAUGAGCAAGAGAGCUUGCUGUCUCAGGACAAGACAAGCAAACCCACAAGCAAAUUAGCAAUCUGGUGGAACUACACAAAAGCCGGUUUCUUGAUAAUCCUAGGAACCGGCGUGAUGAUCCUGAUCGGACAACCCCUCAUGGAAAGCUUGCAGGAAUUCGCAACUGCUGCAGAUAUUCCCUCGUUCUUCGUCUCCUAUGUGCUGAUCCCCUGGGCCAUGAGCUACCGGCAAAUUCUCGGCGCCAUUAGUUCCGCGAAAAAGAAGACCAAGAAAGACAUUUCCGGGGCAUUAACAGAGGUUUAUAAUGGGGUGUUCAUGAACAACGUUAUGGGACUAGCCACGUUCUUGGCCAUUGUGUACAUUAAGGACAUAACCUGGGAUGUCUCGGCUGAAGUUCUGGUCGUGCUUCUGAUCUGCACUUUCAUGGGGGUCAUCACAAGCUCCUGCACCAAGUUCCAGUUCUGGAUGGGUAUUCUCGCAUAUGCUCUCUACCCGCUGUCCCUUCUGUUUCUUUAUAUUCUCACGAGUGUCUUAGGCUGGUCUUAGGUCUAUUUUGUUGCGUCAGGAAACGAUAUAUAUCUCAAAAGAAUAAUUUCUCUGUUAUAGAAAUGUAAUCCGGUUUAUGUAUGAAGGUGGACAUGGUAAGGUCUGUUGAGUAUCGGCCCCGUGAACUUUUGUUGGAAAUUAUUUUCCAAGGUAGUGAGUUUCAAGGAAAAUGAUUUGAGUUUC